UGGUAACGGAGGGCCCCGGGGGUGCAGUCUCUUAGCUGGGAGAGGGCCUGACACCUCCCGAGGUCGCUUGAUUCAUCCCUGUUCUUUCAAUUAGACCUAAUCCGGAAGCAUCCAUCCUUGAAAUCAUAUGAAGCAGAAACAAGGAAGUCUGGCAAUUGAGAAGUCGCGACGACGGGACGACCCCACGCGUAUUUGCCCAAAGUCCGACGCGGCAGCUCUGUCACUAGUUAAGAAUACCACAUAUCUGUAACAAACUUCCCUAUCCCUUCCCUGCAUCCAUUGUUGACUAGGGAUCAUCAUUUGGGAGCAAAAGCCUCCCGUCAUUGAUCUUUCUCUCGUUGGCUUUAUUCUAUACAGUUUCUGCCACCAACCAUGUCACUCCCUUCGCAAUCGCAAGGCCGGAACCAGGCUUCUAUCCGGUCCUUCUUCCAGCCGAAGCAGCCCACGUAUGCUGCCCCUCCAUCGGCGCCGCGUCCUCAAGCCCAAGUACAUCAACAACAAUUCCAAACGCCGCCACCAGCAGCUCCUCCACUGCCGCGCCAAACCACGACCGCAAACGAUCCGGCAGUCACGAAAACCCCCAUCGCCGUGCCUUUACAGAAACCGACUCACCACCCCAACAUAACCAUCUCGCCCAUCCUCCCCUCUCAUGUCCCGUCCUUGCGCCGCAUAGUCUCCCGCCUCCUGCCGGUCCGCUACCCAGACUCUUUCUACGCCGCGCUCUCAGACCCCUCCUCCUCAGGCGCCUUCUCGCGCGUGCUCCUCUGGACCGACAGUCCCAUUCACUGUGAUGACUCCGACACCGCCCCCUCGACCUCUCCCCGCCGGCCACCCAAGCCCACCGUAAUAGGCGGGAUCAUCUGCCGCCCCGAGCGUUCCUACCAACCACGCCCGCAGUCUGCGCGCGACAUCAUCUCAGAUGCGCUGUACAUCCAGAGCCUGGUGCUAAACGAGCCGUACCGGCGUCUGGGCUUAGCGCGCGCUCUGCUGGACGAGAUAUGCGAGCUGGCGCGGCGCGACGAGAAGUGGCACUGCCGGACCGUGUGCGCCCACGUGUGGAUCGACAAUGUCGAAGGGAUGAAGUGGUACACGGCGCGGGGGUUUGACAAGGUGCAACCCGUCGUGGCCGAGUACUACAGGCAGCUGAUGCCGAACGACGCCUGGAUUGUGCGGCGCGACAUCAAGCUGAGCAACGGAGGGGUGCUGGAUGCGCUGGAGCAGCAGGCGAGUCGUACACCGGCGCUGGUGGGAAUUACGGAUGUCGCGUCUCCUCCUCUGCCGUCAGCAACAGCAGCAGCAGGUCCACCGCGGAAUGUUCCUAGUGCUAGUGUAAACCCAAGUUCGAGACCAUCACCGAGUCCAUCGCCGCGGUUGGGUCUCUCCUACCAAAACACGCGGCCGGAGACGGAGUGGAACGAUUUGCCCGCCGAGAUGUCGCGAAAUCUGACAGUACCGGGAAGCGGCGCUAGUUCCGGUGCUAGUUCACGAAGUAGCUCGGUCAUGCGGAAGAAAAGGGAUCGUUCGUAUCCAGCCGCUGCUUUUGGGAGCUAGUGGCGGAUUUCAGGCAUGGAAAAUAGAGUCACGAGUAAGAACAAAAUAUCGAUUGGAUGUAUGGAGCGUUUGCAGAUUAGGGGAAACCAUGGUGGAAUUUGGCAGGGAAAGGGGACUAUAUCGGUAAAAGCACACCGAAUGCCACCUGGGCCGGAUACAAAAGAGGACAAACGUAGAGCAUCGGUUCCCCGUUGUAUCAGUUGGCCAGUAUCAAAGUAGGCAUAGCUCAUAGACAGCCUUGGAAGUCACAGGCAAUACAAAGAUCAAAUCAGGGU